GGAAGGGGCCAGGAUUUUGCAGGGAUGUUUAAUAUGCGGAUCACAUGACGUUGGUGGCUGUGGCAUCCCUGCUUAUCUGCGGAAGGCAGCGGGAGCCGGGGGACUGGGAAGCGGCAGAGAGGGGAGGCCGCCGGGGCCAGGGCAGGCCAGGGCCAGGAGGCGCCAGCCCCCACCUCCCGGACACACGACGGCGGCUGCGGACGACGGACGAUUCAUGUCCAAAGGAUUAACGGAGAUCAGGACGGAAGUGGCCAUGUCGGAGGUGGUGCCCGAACCCCGGCCGAAGCCCGCGGUGCCCAUGAAGCCGGUGGGCAUCAACUCCAACCUGCUGGGCUACAUUGGCAUCGACACCAUCAUCGAGCAGAUGCGGAGGAAGACCAUGAAGACGGGCUUCGACUUCAACAUCAUGGUUGUGGGGCAGAGCGGGCUGGGGAAGUCAACCCUGGUGAACACCCUCUUCAAGUCUCAAGUCAGCCGCAAGUCCUCGGGCUGGAACCGGGAAGAGAAGAUUCCCAAGACGGUGGAGAUCAAAGCCAUCGGGCACGUGAUUGAGGAAGGAGGGGUGAAGAUGAAGUUAACAGUCAUCGACACACCGGGGUUCGGGGACCAGAUCAACAAUGAAAACUGCUGGGAGCCCAUUGAGAAAUACAUCAACGAGCAGUACGAGAAGUUCUUGAAGGAGGAGGUGAACAUCGCCAGGAAGAAACACAUCCCCGACACCCGUGUCCACUGCUGUCUCUACUUCAUCUCCCCUACGGGACACUCCCUGCGACCUCUGGAUCUGGAAUUCAUGAAGCACCUGAGCAAGGUGGUGAACAUCAUCCCUGUCAUCGCCAAGGCCGACACCAUGACCCUCGAAGAGAAGAUCGAGUUCAAGCAAAGGGUGCGCAAAGAGCUCGAGGUGAACGGGAUUGAAUUUUACCCCCAGAAGGAGUUCGAUGAAGACCUGGAGGACAAGAUGGAGAACGACAAGAUCAGGGAGAGCAUGCCGUUCGCUGUGGUGGGAAGUGACAAGGAAUACCAAGUCAACGAGAAACGGGUCCUGGGCAGGAAAACUCCAUGGGGAAUCAUCGAAGUGGAAAACGUCACCCACUGUGAAUUCGCGCUGCUCCGAGACUUUGUUAUCAGGACCCACCUCCAGGACCUAAAGGAAGUGACGCACAACAUCCACUAUGAAACCUACCGGGCCAAGCGGCUCAACGACAAUGGAGGCCUCCCUCCCGUGAGCAACGACACAGAGGAAACCCACGAGAGUAACCUGUGAAUGAUCCCAUCCCCCAGCCAUCCCCCAGACACACUCCCCCCCACCCUCCGACGUACCCUUGUCUCCUCCUGCCCUCUACCCCAUCAACUUCAUGCCACAGGCCUGUCUCUGGUCUCUGUGAAACACCUCUUCUGUAAGUCCGUGGACAUUGUUUGGUUUGGUUUCUAUCUAGUGGGAGAGGCCUAGGUAUAUUUGGGGGGGGUCUUAUUCCUGAGAAGUGGGGGAGAGGGCACGAGGCUCCCCUUUCACAGCUCUUUCCCGAGGACCCCAGAGAGACCCCAAGGUGGGAGGCAGAACUGGCACCGGGACUCGUUCCUGAGUGGAGAGGAAUUAAUUCGUGCAAUCGUAUAUUAUUGAGCGCUUACCGUGUGCAGAGCACUGUACUAAGCACUUGAUGUCUAGCCUUCCCAAACAGGGAGUCCGGGGUUCUGUCUGGGGGGAUGACGGUGGUCUGGUGGAACGAGGGGGUGCAAUUAAAGCUCAGGGAGAAGGAGCUAAAGCAGAGGGAAUGGUGAAUCAUUUAUAUUAUGAAGGUAUAUAAGAAGAACAAAGGUCUCCAAGUGGGGAGGGGCAGUUGCUUCACGCUCUCCUGACAGCUCCAUCUGGCCUCAAAGCAACAUCUCUCUCUUUCUCUCGUUUUCUACAGUAAUCCAGUUCCCUCCCCCUUCCCCUAUCAGCCCCUCUUCUUUAUCUCCCUUGCCCAGCCUGUACGCUCUGCCCCCUUCAACUCUUUCUCUCCUCUUCCUCACGGCCUUCAGGGGCUCCCUGCAUCGAUUCCCCCAAGCCGGUUAGCAAGCCCCGGUUGCUUUUUCCGUUAACCCUGAAAUUGUCAACGGACUUGCUUCCUCUGGGCGGGACAAAGGAGUUACUGUUCUUCGCUUGGGGCUGAGAGCGGAGGCCUGGAGCUGAGGGCAGGGUGACAGUGCCAGCGGGAGAACAAAAAGAUCCACCUUUGAAAA